CAAAGUGGAGUAGAGCACAGCAGAGUGCAGGAUAUCUGAGCACAGCAGCACACAGAGAGGCAGACACAUCCGCCGCUGGAGGGAUCAAAUCUGUACCAUCUGACGCUCAAGGAUUUAUCGGUUUAGUCAAAAUUGCUUUUCCCACUGUGGAGAUUAAGCACCGUAGAAUGUUUUCCACUCAGGCCGUAGAAUAGCCCAGUGUAGCUUCUGCUGCUGCUGCUGUUGCUGCUGUGUCCUCUCCCCUCUCUCAUCAGCUCCGGCGCUGUGGAAGGGAAUGUCUCAGGAAGGUGGAGAGCUGCAAGCCCUGGAGGGGAGUCGAUUCUGAGUGACAGGAGAGGUGCGUCCUCUGGGGAAUGUGAACCAUGCAGGUGGAUGCUGUUGUUGUGCUCUUCUGUGUGUGGAUCGUGGGCGCCGCUGGGAGGAUGGCCCAGUCAAGGGGUCACAAGCUGGAGACCUACAAACAGAGCAGGUCACGGAGAGAGACCAGAAUGGAGGGGGGUGGAGGUCAGAAAUCUGGAAGCCCGAUUUACAAACGAAGUCCAGACAUGACAAAAUCUCUGAUGACAAAAUCGGAGCAGCUCCUGAGAAUAGACGACCACGAUUUCACCAUGAGACCAGCAUUCGGAGGUCCUCCGAUUCCUGUUGGAGUCGAUGUUCAGGUUGAAAGUCUGGACACCAUCUCUGAAGUGGAUAUGGACUUCACUAUGACACUGUACCUGCGUCACUACUGGAAGGACGAGCGGCUGGCGUUUCAGAGCACCAACAACCAGAGCAUGACCUUUGACAGUCGCCUGGUGAAGAAGAUUUGGGUUCCUGACAUGUUCUUCGUCCACUCCAAGCGCUCUUUCAUCCAUGACACCACCACGGAUAAUGUCAUGCUGAGGGUGUAUCCUGAUGGCAACGUCCUCUACAGUCUCAGAGUCACUGUCACUGCCAUGUGCAACAUGGACCUGAGCCGCUUCCCUCUGGACACCCAGACCUGCUCGCUGGAGAUCGAGAGCUAUGCAUACACAGACGAUGACCUGAUGCUGUACUGGAAGAAAGGAAACGAAUCCCUCAACACUGACGACAGAAUCUCUCUGUCCCAGUUCCUCAUCCAGAAAUUUCACACCACCACCAAGCUGGCUUUCUACAGCAGCACAGGCUGGUACAAUCGUUUGUACAUCCACUUCACCCUGCGGCGACACAUCUUCUUCUUCCUGCUGCAAACCUACUUCCCUGCCACUCUGAUGGUCAUGCUGUCCUGGGUGUCCUUCUGGAUUGACCGCAGGGCUGUGCCCGCCAGGGUGCCACUAGGCAUCACCACAGUCCUGACCAUGUCCACCAUCAUCACCGGGGUCAACGCCUCCAUGCCGCGGGUCUCCUACAUCAAAGCAGUGGACAUUUACCUCUGGCUGCCGUGCACUUGUGGCAUAGGCAACCCAGACGAGAUGAUGAUCGACCCCCAGAUCACUGGCUAUGGGUCCAUGGAUGUCAACACCACAGGGAAUUAUGGGAUGCCAGAGAAUGGCGGCCGCCAAGAGCGAAUCUUGGCCCAGGUGGCACUGAACGACCCGCAGAUCACAGGCCAAGUAAAGCCAACCAGGGGCUACGUGAACAUUUGGAUAGACACCCACGCCAUAGACAAGUACUCGAGGGUUGUCUUUCCUGGUGCGUACAUCCUCUUUAACAUCAUCUACUGGUCCAUCUACUCAUAACACGGGCUGCAGAAGUGGGACAUGUGUAAGAGACAUCUGUGACGGGACUCCAGGAGCUCGGCUUGUUUGUAUAAGAGCAGGAAAGACGCCGCUUUUGAUUCUUUUCAGACAGAGAAACUGCUCAUUCGAUGAAUGGAGACCACUGACAGACUGGUGAUCAUUGCCUUCUUGACCCAGCCACUUAAAACAGAGGUACUGACAAACUGGACAGCCAUCAACGAUUGAUUUAUCAAUCCAUCAAAUCUAUGUUGUAUCUUUAGUGUUGUUGAUGGAAAGUUUCGAUAUUGUCGCUGCAUGAAGCUUUACUGCACAAACACACCAACACAAACUGUGCAACUAUGUGCAGAUUAACUCACCAGGGGUAUGAUUCUGGAUGCAGUGAAGGAAAAUGUCAACAUGGAUUUCUGACAAUGCCAGCACAUGGACAGAUUCCUCCCUCUUUGCGAAGAAGUAGACUUGACAAUCAAAAGCAAACAAAUCAUUUUCAAAGGAAUAGCGUGACAUUUUGUGAAAUGCAUUUAUUUUGUUUUCUGGUUCAAAGAUUAAUACCUUUCUAAUAUCUGUCUGUUAAGGCCUAACUAUAAAGCUACAGACAUCAACCAGAUAGCUUAGCUAAGCACAGAGACUGGAAACAAGGGGAAAAGCUAGCCUGGCACUGUGUGAAGGUGGUCAUCUCUAGCUCACAUGCUAAGAGGUUUCAUCUUGUCAAAAUGUUUUCUAGAUGGUUAUGUGCCAAACAAUUUUAUUGCUGAGAUCAGAAACUUCCUGGACACUUGGUUUUCACUGGUCGGGUACAUAAUACUGUUAAAAAUACUGUAAAUCAUCUAACUGUUGGAUUUACACCUCAGUGUUUGUUUGGAUUGACAAAUGA